UCUACCCAUGGUAUUAUCCUGAGCUAAUACCAUUGCUGCAUGUAGAGGGCCAGGUCACGCCGUUCUGGCUCGAGACUAGCGACCAUGAGCAGCUGUUCUGCUGGCACGUGCUUCCGAUGGAUGUGUAUCUUGAGCAUGAGCGAGAGCUUGUGAGUCGCGUGCAGGAUGACGUUGUGGAGAGUGGGGAAUUUACGAAGACGCUGGGGGCGAGGUUGCUUAGAGAGGAUGCGGGGAGCAAGUUGGUUAUCAACUUCCAUGGAAACGCAGGCCACCUCGCCCUCGGCUGGCGGCCCUCCAUCUACCGCUCCAUGAGCGGCAUCCCACGCACCCACACCCUCGUCUGCGACUACCGCGGCUUCGGUCUGUCCACCACCACCAAUGCCCCCCACCGCCCCACCGAACCAGGCCUCAUCACCGACGGCAUCUCCAUCGUCGCCUUUGCUCUGCAUACCCUGCACCACCCCGCCUCUCGCAUCACGCUCCUCGGCCAAUCACUGGGCACCGCGGUCACCGCCGCAACGGCCCUCUACUUCACAGACCCCACCUCCCCCCUCCUCCCGUCCUCCCUUCCCCAAUCACCAUCCCCAAAGCACCCCGAGUCUUUCGCCGCGAUCGUCCUCGCAGCAGCCUUCACCGACCUCCCCACGCUCCUCAGAUCCUACAAGAUAAAAGGGUUCAUCCCGAUCCUCUCGCCGCUGCAAAAUUACCCCAAGAUAGCUUCCUUCCUUUCCUCUCGCAUCGAAGACACCUGGCCCACGCUGUCCCGCUUGCAAGCUCUGAUCCCCGCCGCUACGCAUGCCUCGGCCCCGCUCCAUGUUACUAUCCUGCACGCCCGCAACGACCAGGAAUUCCCCUUCCAGAUUGCCGAGACGGUAUAUGCGCCGCUGGAGACGUUGUUGUUGGCUGAAGAGGGCGCCAGUAGUGUGAGUGAGCGGCGGAGUAUCCAGGGCGGGGAGAGGGUGUCUAGGGGCGCGUUCGCGUAUCGGAGGGUUGAGACGAACGACGGGGAGAGGAGCGUGGAGGUGGAGGUUGUGAGGUAUGGGGGGCAUAGUGAGGGCGUGGGGUGGGGGCAGGUUAGCCUGGCGGUCAGGCGGGCGUGGAGGAGGACAGGCGCGGAUGGGACGGGGAAGGAGUAUACUGGGGAUGAGAUUUAGAGUUCGAUUUAGGGGUGUUACGGUCGGGUGGGUACGAGGGCUGGUGAUGGACGAGGUGUGCAGCCAGUUGUGGAAGAAAGCGGGGUGCCAGCGCCUUGGGCGAGGCAAUGUACGAUAGAAAUAUAAUCUUCGCGUCAUCACCUGUC